CGCGGCGAAGUCAGCUUUACGACAGUUUUUAGUUCUCGAAAACUAGUUUUCCGACAGUGACAUAAAAGUACCAAGGCGGUGAAUAAGCUUUUUAUCGCUUGUUGAGAUUCGUUUCGAAAUCUAGAUUUAAAUGUUUACAGCAGGUGACUGUUGACUAAAAAGUAUUCUGGACAAUUGUAAUCAAGGUUUAGGCCGUACGUAGAGUUUAUAAUCCAUGCGAUUUUGUCGUUAGAAAAGUUAAAACUUGAGGCCCAGCCAACGGAGCAGCACGGAAGAAAAAAGUUUUGUUAUUGUCAUGUGACGCGAUACGCAUGUGGCGAUAAAGUGUGGCUAAUCUUUCGGCGUAUUUACAACCAGUUAUUUGAUUUCAGCGUACAAGUCCUAUUUUCAAGGCAUGCCUCAACCGAAAUAUAGAAAGAUUGCUGUUUUGGGGUACCGGUCUGUAGGAAAGUCCUCUCUCACUAUUCAGUUCGUGGAAGGGCAGUUCGUAGAUGCAUACGACCCUACAAUCGAAAAUACUUUUAAUAAAAUGGUGUCUGUAAAUCGACAAGACUUUAAUCUUCAGCUGGUCGACACUGCUGGACAGGAUGAGUACUCAAUUUUCCCACAGUCUCACUCAAUGGACAUUCACGGUUAUGUUCUGGUGUACUCUGUUACCUCAAUGAAAAGCUUUGAAGUGGUUCAGGUUCUACAUGACAAACUGCUUGACAUGGUUGGAAAAAUACAGGUGCCUACAGUGUUGGUUGGAAAUAAAAAAGACCUUCACAUGGAAAGAGUUAUUAAACCAGAAGAAGGCAAGAAGUUAGCUGACUCUUGGGGAGCUGCCUUUAUGGAAUCAUCUGCCAAGGAAAACCAGACAGCUGUAGAAGUUUUUAAGCUGAUUAUUUUGGAAAUGGAGAAAGCAGAUGGAAAUGCCCCAUCUGAGGACAAGAAAUGUUGUGUAAUGUAGGUGACGGUGUCUUACAUAAACACACAGCAAGCUGCCUGGUCAAAGUUAAAUGUGACAUCACCAUCAGUCAGCACGGUUCAGUAUAGUGGUGGGACUGCUGUUCUAAACCUCUAUCCCACUCCUCACAGCAGCUGGAAAGAUUUAUAUAUGAGUGUAUACAAAAUUCAGAAAAGCACUAUGAAUAGUAUGUGAUCCCGGAAAAAGAAAAUCCCCUGAAAGGAAAAUAUCUAUAGCUUAUAGUGACACUUACACUACUGUUCAUUAUCCAUCAAAAUACUUAGAGGUGCGUUUGAAGUAAAUUGUUAAAGCCUCUAGUGUUUAAUUGUACAUCUUAAAUUCUGACAUUGUUGCAAAGUUGGGCCCCAUAGCACACAUCUUAUAACCUCUGUGCCAUAGGGAUUUGUUGAAUGAACUAUGACCUGGUCAACUCCUGCUUGAUAAUAUGCCUUCAACAUAACAUGAAUGAAUGAAUCAUGACUUAUAAAUCUAUUUUUCCUUCCAUGAUUAAAUGUGCCUGAUGCACUCUUGAUGUGACUGGGCAGGUAUUAUGUUUUUUCCUCAACAAAUAUUAUGGCCUAAAGCAAGUGCACAUUUUUAUUUUCGGGUUAAUUUCUCAUUUUAUCUCCUGGUUUUUUGUUGUUGUUUUUUUGUCUCUGUAUGUUAUUAGAGAUGUGCUUUUUUUUUUCUUUAAUUGAUUGUCUAGUAUAGCUUUGCUUUGGUUCAUGCUGUUGCAACUGUGUAUGUAGGAUUUGUAAGAAAUGUAGUUACAUGUGGUGCAAAAAGUUCAUUGGACUUUUCCUUGACAAUAUACCAAAGUCAGUGGUCAGCAGGAAAACGGCUUUUAAAUAAAUACUUUUAUGCCCUAGGAAUAAUGUAGUUGUUUUGUUUUUGCUUUUGAGGUAAAGCAGUUAAUCAUGUUUUAUGGGAUAGUAUAGGGUACAUUAGGGUUUGAUUAGAUGUAUAGUUUAGCUUCAAAUCGGGCACAAACAUCAUUGUACAGCAAAGUCUGAAAAAUAGCAUAUCACAUUGAACCUAAUUCUUUAUAAGUAAAGCUAUAAUAUAAAAUACUGUAUUAAUAAUCUCAUUAAAAUAGCACAGUGUUAUAAACUGAAGCAAUUUCCAAGUUGGUAUCAUAUUGUCCAUAGACAUUUCUUAUUAUAUUUAUUUAAUGGUGCCACACAAGUAUUCUAGCUGUACAUUUUUCAGGUGUGUGGUUUGAGAACAUCUUUAGCACACUUGUGGUUCUACAAUGCAAAUUGUUUACUGGAAUAAUGGAAUUGGGUUGGGGUUCAACAUUGAAAGUUUUAGCUUUGUUGGACUGAUUUAACUAUUUCAUAUUGUGGAAAUCCUACAUAUUAAAAACUAAAAUGUUUUAUGCUUGAUCAGCCCUAUAAUUCAGACUUAACUCUACUGUCCUUUUGGGGUCUUUAUUUUAAUUAGUGUAGAUAACUAAUAUAUUAAGAAAGAGAGGUGAUGCUGUUUAAAGUGCCUUUACUCCCAAAACAUGUUUGGUCUGUAAUUAUGUCGAAGCAGUGAAUCUUUUGUCAUAUAUUCUUUACACAAUGUAACGUGAAAGCUCCUACUCAUUUGGCAUCAUACUGCAGUUUGUAUACAUCUUAUCCAAGCUAGUAGCUUGGCCCCACAUUGUCUUGGAUGAACACGUCAAGAAAGGGAAAAUUUCCUGACAGAUUAAUUUAAAACAAUCAUCAUGUAACCAAAUAAGGUUAUUUCUGGAAUUCAGUGUGAUAAAUCAUGGUGUCAUAAAAAUCAGCAGGUAGUUACCUUUAGUUUAGAUUACUGUUAGAGGGAGGAAAGUUACCAGCAUCCAUUUGUUUAUAAAAUAUUCAGACACAUUAAAUUUUCUUAAUAUAUGGUGCUCUUUCAGGGUUCUUCUUUUUAAUGUCACCUAAAGUUUGUAUUUAUGGGGAAUCCUCUUACUACAUGCCCAUAACCUGAAUCUCUGCUGUGGGGGUCAUGGUUAAUUCAGAAAAACUUGCUGUACACAAUUUUGUAUAUACAAAUAAAAUCUGUACUCUA